GCUCGCCCUGCACCGCUUUUGACGGACUUUGGACGAGUUUGGAGCAUCGUCUUUCGCAAAAACAAUCCUUAAUGAGUUGUCGGCUGCAGCCCAAACAUCUGCGCUGGCUGCGUCCUCUCUGUAUAUUUGAUUCGACCGUAUCACACAUCUCAAAACCGUUAUAUCCGUCGAGUACCUGUGGACCAUCUUGGAGAAGAUACUUUUAUUCGCAACCAAGGGAACAUAUCUCUCACACUAUGCCAAGCGAGGCUCAUAGAAAGGAGAUACAUGAACAACUGAACAAGGCAAGAAAGCACACGGGUGCUCCUCUUCCAAACAUGGUGGGAGAUCAACCAGAAGGGGACGCUGCUGGCGUUGGUGUUGGAGUCGCCUUGCUGCUCGUUGAUGUGAUAAACGACAUUGAAUUUGAGGGCAACGAGUAUAUAGUCGAAGAAGCAAAGAAAAUGGGACCCAAGAUCAGGAAUUUAAUGAAUAAAUGUAGAGAUUCUGGAAUCCCGAUUAUCUACUGCAACGACAACUUUGGAAGGUGGCGGUCAAAUCUGCAACAAAUAUAUGAGCAUGUUACCGAGAAUAAUACGCCAGGCAAAGCUGUUGCUGAAAUGCUCAAACCCCGAUCGGACGAUUAUUUCGUGCUGAAACCCAAGCAUUCGGCUUUUUAUGCUACAGCCCUCGAUUCACUACUGACAUAUCUACGGAUAAAGACACUGAUCAUCGUGGGGAUGGCAGGGAACGUUUGCAUUCUAUUUACCGCCAACGAUGCGUACAUGCGUGACUUUGCUACCUUUGUGCCAAAAGAUUGCAUUGCUUCUACAUCAUCGGAAGAAUCCGCGGCCGCCAUUCUUCUCAUGGAACGUGUUCUAAGGACAACUACCAGAAAUUCAGAUGAGCUCGAUUUGGAUCAUAUCCUGGAAGUACACAAAAAGCAUGGAUUGGCGAACGAAAACGACCUGCAAAAGUCCUCUGAAAACAACUCUUUCGCAUCAAACCCAUCAAGCAGCGACUAGGGUUGUAUCUUCCACCAUCUUAUCAUAGAGUUUUCGCCUCUUUUGCCCCACAGAUCUGGGGCACAAUUUGAAGCUUUAUGUACAGUUAGCGUAGCAACGAGGCUUAGGAUUGGAAGAGUAAACAUCCACAGUCACCGUGAUUAGAUGAUGAAAAUGGCGGGGAUGAAUUGGUGCAUUGUUGUUGAAAGCAGUAAGCACAUGUUCUUUGCAGGGAAAUUAAUUGACCUUGGAUGUGGCAUGCCUCGCAACGAAAAACAGCGAGCUCUGCGGAUGCUUUUGAAAAUGUUAAGUUGCGUUGGGGAAACAAUGUCUCUCCUCUCAUUGGGCCUGUACAUUAUUAACAUAUAGCUCGUGAAGAACCACAGUACGGAAAUUUGGAGAGGGGAACAAAAAGGAAGCGUGGAGAUUGAGCGAGACAGCUUUCAAUACACUUCAUUUGAACGAAGCGAACCAUCAAAAAC